GUAACUCUCGUUCGAUAUGUGGAACGUUUUGUUGGUUUGUAUUGUCGCGGUCUUAGUGAUGAACUCUGAAGGAGCGCGUCAACACAAGCGAUAUGCCACUGAUUAUGCUGGCGGGAGUGCUGGCAGCUACGCUGGUGGCAGUGCUGGAGGGUACGGAGGCAAUGCCGGGUUCUAUGAUGGUGGCUUUAAUGACUACGACUACAAUUAUGCGCCCGACUUCAACUUCAUAGAUCCACUCGUGUUCCAUCAACAGUUGACAGCUCAAAUUUUGGCUAAUCACGCUUCGCAGCAACACGCUAUUGCUUCGGUGUAUUCUUCCGGUUCAGCUAUGGCAACCGCGGAUGCCUCUUUCUUGCCAGACCAUAACCGUAUUCAACAGCAAAUUGCCCAACAACAGGCCCACUUCAAUAACUUAAACAUUGGUGGCAGCCGAUAUGACACAGCUAAUCGCUACGCUCCUAACCAUGCGAUCGCUGCUGCCUCUAUCGGUCCAGGCGGAUCUUACCACACGGCCCACAUCGGUCCGGAGAACCCAGAUGUUCCGAACAUCAGUAACCGCUUUGGUGGACCAUCGUCGCCUGGCGGCUUUAAGGGCGUUUCAGUCAGCUCGUUUUCGAGUAGUUCCGAUAUCAACGGUAAAAAGAUGAGUCAGCGUGGGGCCCAGACUACAAUCAAUGACAACGGCAAAAUCACCACAUACCGGGUGCAAUCUUAAAUACUUAAAAACACUUUCGAAUGUAUUAUUGUUUAAUAUGAAGUAUUUAUUUUCAACAUACUUAUUUUCUUUGUUUAACUUUGUAACGAAAAUCAAAUCAAUGUGUAAUACUGGGGUAACAUUAAGUAUUCAAGCCACGAUUAAUGUUGGGCAGUUUCGAAAUACAUUCAAAAAUAUAUAAGUAGUAUACAGCGAGUGAUGAAUAA